AAAUUCCUCUCCCAGCCCACUUCCGAGGUCAUCAAAACCCUACCCCUUGCGGCAACCCAUCCUCCCCCCAACCCUAGCCGCCGGGCCGCCGCCGCUUCUUCUCCUCCUCGCUUGAAGGCAGGAGCUUGUGAAGGGUCCAUCAGACUGACAAGAUGGUUCUUAAGACUGAACUUUGCCGUUUUAGUGGCCAGAAGAUAUAUCCAGGGAAGGGUAUUAGGUUCAUUCGUGCUGAUUCCCAGGUUUUCCUUUUUGCUAACUCAAAAUGCAAGCGUUACUUCCACAACCGCCUGAAGCCUGCGAAGCUUACCUGGACAGCUAUGUACAGGAAGCAGCACAAGAAGGACAUUCAUGCUGAAGCUGUCAAGAAGAGGCGUCGCACCACCAAGAAGCCAUACUCACGCUCAAUUGUUGGUGCCACUUUGGAAGUUAUUCAAAAGAAGAGAAGUGAGAAGCCUGAAGUUCGCAAUGCUGCUAGGGAGGCUGCUCUACGUGAGAUCAAGGAGCGCAUUAAGAAGACCAAGGAUGAGAAGAAGGCCAAGAAAGCAGAGGUGGCGAAAUCUCAGAAGACACAAACUAAGGGUGCAGCACCAAAGGGUCCUAAAGGCCCCAAGAUCGGUGGUGGCGGUGGGAAGCGCUGAAUGCCCAUUGCAUCAUAGAGAUAUAGUUCUGUCAACUAGCCUUCUCUCCAAUCCUAUCUUAGACCUUGGUCAAGUUAGUCUGCCGUCUUGAGUCUUCACCUAUCUGAUGAGAUUGGUGUCCUGAAUGUUUUGGAUUAUUUCUGGAGUUGAUUUACAUUGGCACUUAUGUCAAUUAUUGUUCAGCAAGUUUUGUCUUCGAUUGCCGACAAGUGAUAACCAAAUGAUUUUGCAUGCCGUGUGUUGUUCAAACUGAUAAGAUUAUUUUCGUA